CUUAUGUACGUCGCACUCGCAAAAAACGGUAUUUAGCACAGUGCAACCUGACUACAGUGAAUGAGCGACCUGACUGGGCAAUAUCUACGCGGCAUGUAAUCAGUGAAGAAGACGUGAAGCCAUGAAUGUCUUUACUCACUUACCCCUUUACCAGAAUUCAUGCGUACAUUCACGCGUUCCACUCCUUGACUUUCUGAUAGGCUGCGAUGCACAACCUGCGGUGGACGAGCGCCGCCAAUAACUGCGAUUGUUCCUAGUCGAUAUUAAUUCCCGCCUUCCCAUUCGAUAGCUCACAUUCAUGCAAUAGUCCUCAGUUUACCAGAAAUGAGCAGGACGUCCCUCAAGUGAGCAGCAUAACAGCGAGCAUCAGAACCAACAUAGAGCAUCAGUGUCAUCUUUCAGUCCCCUCAUAGUUUUAGCCAGAGCGACCGAGAAGCGAGCGGGUCGGAGUCUCUGCGGUUAUUUCUCUUUGAGUUAUUCAGGACUGUUACUAGCACGAUUCAUGGCUCCCCGCGCCUUGCGCAAGAUCGUGUCGACCAUUCCUCUGGAGACCAUCUACAGCGUCGGCGAAGGGCGAACCGUCGCCAUCGGGCUUGACGGCUGUCGCGACUGUCGCAACGCUUUCGCACAGUGGUUGCACGACGGCCAGCAACCGGACGACCGAAUCGUCGUCGCGAUCGCCGCCGGGAGCAGCAAACCCACGACGACGACCCCAACGAGCGACGCGGCUCCGUCGCAGAAUCGCACGCAUAGACGCAGCAAAUCAUGCGACGUGCGACAUAUACUAGCGCCGGCUGGCGCAAGCGAGAAAGCGGCGACUGCCGUUGUGAAGAACACUGUGGUCGUGCCGGGUUUGCCGCUCGACGAUUUCGGCGACUGGGACAAGAAAUCGCGCGCCGUGCUGCUGAAACUCGCCGAAAUCGGCGCUCAAGAAAAGGUUCGUUUCGAGGCCAUUCGCCUGCCGUCCGCCAGCACAGCUCUGUCCUUCGCGCGUUCCCUCGUCGACUGCUGCCACUCCAUCGACGCGCACCUCCUCCUCCUCCCCGCGCACGACUGCUCCGCGCUGCUCCCCUUCCCCGCGCUCUUCCCGCGCUCGCUCUCCGCCUCUUCCGCGGCUCCGUCCGCUUCGUCCGCUUCUUCCGCCUCCGCCUCCCCGGUUCCCCUCGUCUCCGCCGACGCUCGCGCCCGCCGCGUUGCGUCGUUCUGCUCCCUGAAUGCUCCCUGUCCGGUCUCCAUGAUUGGUCGGCUUGGCGUCAAGGAUGGGAAAAUAAACGGUGGAGAAAGCACUCCCUGUUCGUCGAAAAGCUUCGCUUCAGAGAAAGUCGCUAGUCUUAACUGUGAGGAGCGUGAGAGCUGUGGUAGUGAUGCUCACGAAUCCAGCAGCAGUAACGGAGAUAGCAGUAACGGGGAUGGAGACUUCGAUGCGGAGUUUUGCAGUAGCAGCAGCAGUGGCAGCAGCGCCAGCAACAGCCCUUCAAGCAGUGAUGAUAACUCACAAUCACAUUCGCCUCAGUCACAAUUUCCACCCAAACCAACGGUACAGGCGCGAAGCCAAGGCAAGCGGACAUCUAUCCACGGGUUUUCACUCCCCCGACCAGGCCUGGGGGGCAGUUCGGGCAGCAAGCCGCCACAGGUCGGGCAGCUGGUUCGGCAAUGGGUCGGGGGAAAAGCGGCUUCUCGGGGGGAGUCAGUCUUCUGCACAAGCCGCGGUUUUGUUUUCUCCGUCUGCAGGGGGAAGGAAGGGGUGGCCUCAGUUGGCUGAUUUGCCUGCACUAAUGAUGUGCCAUAAAAGAAGGGUGUGGUUGGUGGUUUCCACCUAAAUAAUUCAUUCGUUUGUUCAUUUCCAGCAGCAGUCUGGAGACAUUAAUUCUAUUACCUGGAGUCCGACAUGAUGCAGGCAGGGACCAAGCUUGGGAUCGAGAAACAGCCCUGCAUCUGGGAGGUGGAAGCCUCCUUUCCAGCGGCAGACAGCCUUCCAGUUGACAGAGAUGGGAGCCUGAAACAAGUGGAGUCCAGCCCAGGUUGGGGGGCUAUGAGGAAGAAGAGCCAUGAAGUGAGUAUUGCUAUGCUACAACAGAUGCAUAUUCUCUAGGUAUGUAACAGUAUAGACGUUCCUGUAGUGAAGCGUAGAUGCUUAUUUUAUGCAAUUUUAGUAGUGCCUUGUUGUAGUGUGCAUAAUCAAUGUAAGUGCCUAUG